UAACGGGAUCGGCAUGUCACCGCAACUCUGCAACUCUGGCUCUUCUUGUUCACCAUGCACUUUAGGAUUUCAAUAAGAUGCGUGUGUGUUUCCAGAUAAGCAGUUUCCUCCUCGCUGUAAACUUUUGCCUCCAGCCGCUGCGAGCCCAGGAUCCCUUAUGCUGCCAACAUGCUGCUGAGACGUCGCCCUGCAAAGAAGCUUGUGCCCAGCUCGCCACCAUCAAGAGUGAAUCUCGUCUAAAGCAUCUUCUCCAGCGGUUACCCAGCUACUGCCCAGAGUCCAUGAAUGACCUCUGGAUGUGCAUCAACUCCACGCUCCCAGGAGUAUCCAGGAAGUCGGAUGGCUGGGUCGGCCUCGGUUGCUGUGAGUUGGCCAUCACUAACGAGUGUCGCAGGGAAUGCAGACAGGCAUCUUCUAAAAAUGACAUAACAAGCGUAUGCAAAAAGGUCACGGAGAGCUCCCUCUACACCUGCAUAACCAAAAAUGAAAUGGGCUCUUCGUGCUGCAGCUUCGCGGGGCGGCACACCACCUGCAGGGAGUACUGCGAGGCCAUCUUCAGGACCGACUCCACCCCAACCAAGUCCCAGAUCAAGGCUGUCAAAGACUACUGCCAGAGCCACAGCCACAAGCUGGUGGACUGCGUCAACAACUUCACCGAGACCUACCCGGCACGCAGCCCCAUCGAGAGCCUGCACUGCUGCGACCGGGCCGAGGCCCCCCACUGCCAGAUCGCCUGCCGGGAAAUCCUCAGCACCAUGAGCACGGAGCAGGAGAUCAUGGACGGCCUGAUCAAGGAGUGUCGCUCCCAGCCCCUCCCCCAGGACCCCAUGUGGCAGUGUUUCCUGGGCAGCGCCCACCUCCCCUCCCCGCCGGAGGAGGAGACCCCCAACCCCAUCAAGAUGGACAGUGCUAAGCUGCACUGCUGCGCCAAGGCCAACACCUCCCACUGCAGGGAUCUGUGCAAGGACAUCAGCACCAAGUGGGGCAGCCAGAAGCUGCAGGACUUUGACCAGCACUGCGAGUACAACCCGCUGGAGACGGAGCUCAUCAACUGCCUGGCUGACGUCAGGGAGCCCUGCCAGCUGGGCUGCAAGGACCUGACCUACUGCACCAACUUCAACAACAGGCCGACGGAGCUUUUCCGGAGUUGUAACAUCCAGUCGGACCAGGGUGCGAUGAACGACAUCAAGCUGUGGUCCAACGGGACCAUCAAGAUGCCCUUCAUGAACAUCCCCGUGCUGGACAUCAGGAAGUGUCUCCCAGACAUGUGGAAGGCUGUGGCGUGUUCCCUGCAGAUCAAACCCUGUCUCAGCAAGUCCAGAGGCAGCGUCAUCUGCAAGUCCGACUGCGUGGACAUCCUGACCCAGUGUGGGGACAGGAAGCGUUUCCACGAGGGCCAGACUCCAGAGGGGAUCUGUGAGCUGUUGUCCCCCAUGGACGACCCCGAGCGCUGCAUCCCCCUGCACAGAUACCUCCUGCCCAGCUCCCUGGGCAACAGCGUGGUGGAGGAGGUGAUCCAUCCCUGCAACCCCAACCCCUGCCCCAGCAGCCACCUGUGCCAGGUGAACAGGCAGGGAUGCUUCGACGGGUUCAACUGCCAGCCGUACCUGUGUGUCCCCGGCUGCAAGCUGGGCGAGGCGUCGGAGUUCCUGGUGCAGCAGGACGCUCGUAUCCAGGUGCCCACCCCCAGCGGGGCUCCCGGCUGCUACGAGGUGUGCAGCUGCGGCAUCAGCGGCCGUCUGGAGAACUGUGUGGGGAUGCCGUGUGCCGAGGCCAGCAAGCCCUGCACCGCAGAGGAGCAGAAGAAGAGUCUGCCGUGCAGCUGUCCGGACCACUUCAUCCCGGUGUGUGCCUCCAACGGGCGGACGUACCCCAGCGGCUGCGUGGCUCGCUGCAUGGGCUUCAAAGACCACCAGUACGUGUUUGGCCAGUGCCACCUCAGCAACCCUUGCAGCAAUAAAACCUGCCAGAGAAACCAGAGGUGCAUUCCAAAGCACCAAGUGUGUCUGAGCAACUCGUCCGACUGUCCCCAGUACGAGUGCGUGGGCCGGCCGGCGGCCUGCGACAGGAACAAGCUGGAACCGGCCUGUGACACGGACGGGCUGGUCCACCUCAGCAUGUGCCACCUGCAGCAGGCGGGCAAGGUGCUGGCCUACAUGGGCCACUGCCAGGAGGCCUGCAGGAAGCCCAGGAAGGUGUGCUGUCACAACGGAGAGACGUACAACACGGUGUGUGAAGCCUUCUCCGACCGCGUGGCCGUGGACUACGAGGGCCCCUGCCGCGCCGUGGGGGCCGUGGCCGCCCUGCCCCCGGACUCGGCCUGCGCUCUGGUCAGCUGCCCGCCCAUCACCACCCCGGGCUGCCGGCCCGUCACACCGCCGGGAGCCUGCUGUCCCAUAUGUGCCAGCAUGCUGCAGAUCCUCUGGAGCAAGAAGCAGAUGAACACUUUCUCAAAGCUCAACAAGAACCAGCCGGUGACAAUCCGCGACAUCCUGCAGAU